AUGGAGUUUGUAAAAAUUCUUAGGGGAAUGUAUUGCUGGGUAUAUGAUUAUACCCCAGCGCAGGCCAUUGAUUUCUGCGAUUGUUCGGAGACUACCUAUAUUAAAAUCAAAGAUUUGAUUUUGCAAGUAACUUCUGAACAAGAGCCAGAAAUGGUUAAAAUAGGUGGAGAAGGUAUUGGGGUGCAGUUUGACGAAACUGCUAUCUGUAAUGGGGAGUUAAUACCUAAUCCAUCUA